GGUGUUAUUGGCGCCAUUAGUCCUGACCACAGUCUCUGGACGUCUGAAUAAACCUCUGGCGGACUUUCAUCUGCUCACCUUUUUCUGGAUCUUUCCUCUUAAUCGUCUACCGAUAGCGUGCUGAGCUAUUAGUUAGCUUAGCUAUGAGCUAUUAGUUAGCUUAGCAUGCUAGCUGGAAACAGACCGAAGUUAGAAACACAGCGCUAGUCCGAGGUUAACGGAGAGAAACGGCGUUUUUAACGGGGUUUAUUUGGAGGAAACGUGUCUGUGAUUCAGUGAAGAUGUCUGAAGUCCUGCUGAAAUGUUUAGUGAAGCAGCGACUCACGGAGGCUGCUGAAGAGAUAUUUGGGCUGUUUGAAAGAACGAUAGCAGAGUACGAGGAGGAAGCUUCUAGAUUAAAAGAGGACAACGAACGACUGAAGAAACAUCUGCACGCUGUUUUCAACCCGGAAGUCCGCAUACAAAGAGCAGACCUCCAGCAGCUUCUUGUGAUUAAGGAAGAGCAGCAGGAGGAUCCAGAGCCCCCCAACGUUAAAGAGGAACAGGAGGACUCAGAGCCCCCCAACGUUAAAGAGGAACAGGAGGACCCAGAGCCCCCCAACGUUAAAGAGGAACAGGAAGACUCAGAGCCCCGCCCCACUAAAGACGAGCAGCUUCAAGGGCUGGAGAAGGCUCACAUGAAGGUCUUAUACACUCCUGUGAAAAGUGAAAAUGAUGUAGAGGAAGCUCUGUCCUCUCACCUUUAUCAGAGACAUACUAAACAGAUGGAGACAGAAGGUGAUGGAGAGGACAGUAGAGUACCAGAACCAGACAGGAACUCUUGUCUAGAUUGUCCCUCAGAACCAGAUAGCAAUGAAAAUACUGAAGACUCUUCUGAGCCGAAGGACAGUGAUGAUCGGAAGGAAACAUUUGGUUGCCUUAAAAAGAUGAAGGGACACAUGAUGACCCACACAUCAGGGAAACCUUUCAGCUGCUCACAGUGUGGUAAAUGUUUCACUGCAAGUGGAAGUCUUAAGGCACACAUGAGAUGUCACACAGGGGAAAAGCCUUUCAGCUGCUCAGAGUGUGGUAAAUGUUUCACUGUAAGUGGACGUCUUAAGAGACACAUGAGAUGUCACACAGGGGAAAAGCCUUUUAGCUGCUCAGAGUGUGGUAAAUGUUUCACUGUAAGUGAAAGUCUUAAGAGACACAUGAGAUGUCACACAGGGGCAAAACCUUUCAGUUGCUCAGAGUGUGGUAAAUGUUUCACUAAAAAUGGAAGUCUUAAGGCACACAGGAGAUUUCACACAGGGGAAAAGCCUUUUAGCUGCUCAGAGUGUGGUAAAUGUUUCAUUGUAAGUGGAAGUCUUAAGAGACACAUGAGAUGUCACACAGGGGAAAAGCCUUUUAGCUGCUCAGAGUGUGGUAAACGUUUCAGAGAAAGCGGACAACUGAAGAAACACACGAGAUUUCACACAGGGGCAAAACCUUUCAGUUGCUCAGAGUGUGGUAAAUGUUUCCCCGUAAGUGGACGUCUUAAGACACACAUGAGAUGUCACACAGGGGAAAAGCCUUUUAGCUGCUCAGAGUGUGGUAAAUGUUUCAGAGAAAGCGGACAUCUGAAGAUACACAUGAGAUGUCACACAGGGGAAAAACCUUUCAGUUGCUCAGAGUGUGGUAAAUGUUUCACUAAAAAUGGAAGUCUUAAGACACACAUGAGAUGUCACACAGGGGAAAAACCUUUCAGCUGCUCAGAGUGUGGUAAAUGUUUCACUAAAAAUGGAAGUCUUAAGACACACAUGAGAUGUCACACAGGGGAAAAACCUUUCAGCUGCUCAGAGUGUGGUAAAUGUUUCACUAAAAAUGGAAAUCUUAAGACACACAUGAGAUGUCACACAGGGGAAAAACCUUUCAGCUGCUCAGAGUGUGGUAAAUGUUUCACUGUAAGUGGAAAUCUUAAGACACACAUGAUAUUUCACACAGGGGCAAAACCUUUUAGCUGCUCAGAGUGUGGUAAAUGUUUCCCCGUAAGUGGACGUCUUAAGACACACAUGAGAUGUCACACAGGGGAAAAGCCUUUUAGCUGCUCAGAGUGUGGUAAAUGUUUCAGUGAAAGCGGACAACUGAAGAAACACACGAGAUGUCACACAGGGGAAAAACCUUUCAGUUGCUCAGAGUGUGGUAAAUGUUUCACUACAAGCGCAUACCUGAAGACACACAUGAUAUUUCACACAGGGGCAAAACCUUUCAGCUGCUCAGAGUGUGGUAAAUGUUUCACUGUAAGUGGAAGUCUUAAGACACACAUGAGAUUUCACACAGGGGAAAAACCUUUCAGCUGCUCAGAGUGUGGUAAAUGUUUCACUGUAAAUAGAAGUCUUAAGACACACAUGAGAUGUCACACAGGAGAAAAACCUGUGCUCACGUUACAUGUUAUUUAGCUGACGCUUUUAUCUAAAACGACUUACAUUGCAUUAUAAUUUUUGCCUGGGGAGCAGUUAGGGGUUAGGUGUCUUGCUCAUGGACCCUUCGACAUGGCACAUUGGGCAGCCGGGAUUUGAACCACCAACCUUGCGGCCCCCAGCGCACUGCACAGUGUAGUAAAUGUUUUACUGCAUUUGGAAGUCUGAAGAGACACAUGCUGUAUCACACAUGGGAGAGACCUUUCAGCUGCUCACAUUGUGGUAAAUGUCUCGCUGUAAGCAGAAGUCUGAAGACACACAUGAGAUUUUACGCAGUGAAAAAAACUAAUUUGCUCAAAAUGUGAUAAAGGUUUCACUCAAGGUGGACAUCUGAAGAGGCAUCAAUAUCCACAUGAUAAGUUGUAAGCUUAGGAGAAACAUUGACAUUUGCAGCUUCUUUUCAUCCUAUCAGGGAGUUAGUCUUAUUGAGGUGGCCCUAUUGUUUCUGGAGUAAAACUCAUUCACAGAGGCUCUCAGCCAACGGAUUGUUAAUAUUUUAAUUAAUAAUUUUUCAGACUAGCUGCCACAACAUGAGUGUACAUCUUUGUCGUUCCUCCUGAGGUUUCUUUUUUUGGAGGAAUCUUUUUAUCUACCGAUGUGAGGGUUUUGGGACAGAGGAUGUUGCAUGAUUACAACCGUGAAGCCCUCUGAGGCUAGUAUGUGAUUUUGGACUUUAAAAUUAAUUGAAUUGAAGUCUCUUUAGGCAGAUGUUUAGUAAAUUCAUAUUCGAGAACACAUCUCCAAAGGUAAUUACAUCCUUCCAAUGAAUAACCUUAAGUUACGUUGUCUACUGUUAAAAUUGUAAUGUUACCCAGCCUUUUAUUGACCUUUUAACUUGUAGAAAUACAAGUUUGACUGAUUUAUAUGUUCCAUUUGUGUUACUGCAGGCUCUCCUGUCUUAAUUCUGUUGUUUUGCAUGUUACUUUGCUUUCACUUUGUUUUCCCUUUUUUUCAGGAAAUGUGUUGUUGGGAUUUAGAUUAGAUGUUUUCCUGGUUAUUUUGAUACUCAUUGUCUGUUCAUCUUCAUUUUGAGCUGAGUACAUAUUUGUAUGACAAAAUAAGGUAUCUGUGUAUUAAGAAACAAAACAAGAAUGAAAUCCUACUGUCAUUUUACAUUGCUGAGCGAGAAGAAGUGCUGAAAAUUAUAUGAAGGCAAUACAUUUUAAUUUUUUUGCAUAAGUGAAUAAAUGUCGAAAAAUCAAUUGGGCUUUGUCUAGUUUCAAUUUUCAACCCACAUAUUGCAUAUGGAAAAUAAUAAAUUAAAGGCAGCAUAAACUUAAUUACCUAAAAUAAUUUAGUGUUUUUAUUUUGUAAGUUACCCCACCAUGGUGCAGCAGAACCCACAACGAGGUAGAAAUGCUGUACUAAUUUACAGGGACACAUGAUUCUCAGCUUGUAAAGUGAAGGUGGUCUGGUGGAAUAAGAAAAAAAAGAGGGGUGGAAAUGGCAAAAGUCCUUAGAGAUGGUUGUUAAUAUGUACAAUGGAAGAACAAAAACAAAGCUAUAAUAGUAAUAAAUAUGGAAGAAAAUGAAAGAUUUAGAAAAGAUUGUUGGUGAAAAUCAAGUUAUUGGUGGUGUGUUUACAGGUAUUCCGGACGGUGAAGAUCUUGAAAAGCUUAAACAGUAUGCAUGGGGGAGAAGUGAGCAGAGUAAAGUGAUCACUAUCAAUUCAUGUGAAAGAGUUGACCGUUGAGCUUCAGGGGACCGUUCUGUCAGAAAGAGUUAAAAUGGGAUGUAUGAGUUUCCAGGUGAGGCCCUACAUCCCUCCCCCACUGCGCUGCUACAAAUGACCGAGGUAUAGCAGCAAUGGGAAACAGAGGUGUCCCAAGUGUGGAGAGGACCAUAGAGCUGAGGAUUGUCAGGAUAAUGUGCAGCAUAAAUGUUGUAAUUGUGGGGAGCAACACAGGGUAACAUAUGGUCGAUGUGAAGUCAGGAAGAGGGCGGUGCAUAUCCAGCAGGAAACAACUCAAAGCUAUUCAGGGCAAACAAAGUUUUAAGAGAAGAGGCAGGUUUGUCCAAUAAAUUGUACUGACCAAAUCAGAGAAAAUUAAUGUAAUAGUGAGGGGAGCGGAGAAUUUGUUUUGACUUAAAAGGGGCAACCUGGGAACA